CUCUCGUUCUCUUUCCUGUUGCAUCGCCUACGCACACCCACCCACUGCAAAAAAAAAAGCUUAACCCUCGAUCUAUCGUCAAGCUUUGCUCAAUAUACAUUAUGGCGCGUAAUGAAGAAAAAGCUCAAUCGAUGCUGUAUCGAUUCCGUGAGGCACAAGCUGCCGAACUUGGUCUUGUCAGAAAGAAAGAACGUCGACCUGCCAUGGCAUCGAGUGUAGAUACUGUAGGCGAAUGUGAAAGAUGGCGACGUCAGAUUCUAGGCGAAGUGUCACGCAAAGUAUCCAAGAUCCAAGAUGCAAGCUUGUCCGAUUACCAAGUGCGCGAUCUGAACGAUGAGAUCAAUAAGCUUUUACGAGAAAAAUAUCACUGGGAGAAACGGAUAAAACAGCUAGGCGGUGGUAAUUAUUAUAGAGCACCCAAAACUAUUGACAGUGAAGGCAAAGAAGUACCUGGCAAUCGAGGAUACAAAUAUUUUGGACGUGCACGCGAUUUACCGGGUGUGCGAGAACUAUUUGAAAUGGAAGAGCCUGAAAAGGUAUCACGUUCACGAACGGAGCUUUAUCGCAAUAUCGACGCAGAUUAUUAUGGAUAUCGAGAUGAAGAGGAUGGCGAUUUGCUGUCAUACGAAGAAGAGUUAGAACGUGAACGUUUGGAGGAAGCAGCACAGAAGCCAGAGCCAGAAAAAGAAGUGCAAGGGGAAGAAGAAGAAGAAGAACAGGCCAAUACAAUGGAGGUUGACGGCAGUUACGCUCUGGAUGCACCUAUACCCAACCGCAAGCAGAUUGAAGAGUAUUUGGUGAACCGGCGACGGCAAGAGCUCUUGGACAAAUACGUGUCGGACGACUUGGCCAAAAGCGAGCAGGAAACAAAGGAGCUCACAGGUCAAAAUUAAUAAGAGAAAUAGCGACAAUAAAGAGAA